CCCCGGAAGAAACACGUAUUCGAUUAUCAUCGAUUAUGGCGUAACGUGGUAGGGACCUGGACCGCGAUAACUGUAGUGUUUUAAACCUUUUCUUUUAAUUAUAUUCAAGAUUACACGUAUUUAGUAAUCGUGAACGUUUGUGUUGUAUACAACUCAGAAGUUCCCUGUUUAACUGUACUGUUUAGCUGUUUUGUAUCAACAGAAUGGAGUCCCGGACUGAGUUUAAGAUAAAAUCACCGCCAACCGACGCAAUUUCCGCGGUCGAAUUUGGACCAAACUCCACACAGUUCCUAUUAGUAUCAUCAUGGGAUAGUACCGUAAGACUGUACGACAUACAUGCCAACACAAUGAGAUUGAAAUACAAUCAUGAUUUACCAGUAUUGGAUGUCGCGUUUCAGGACGCUGUUCAUGCAUAUAGUGGUGGUCUAGGAAAUACUCUGAAAAUGUAUGACAUAAAUAGCAAUACUGAAUCAAUAAUGGGAACACAUGAUAAGCCAAUUAGGAAAAUAGAGUAUUGUGCAGCUGUAAAUGCAAUACUUACUGGUGGUUGGGACGCCGCCGUAAAACUAUGGGAUCCACGAACACCCACUUGUGUUGGUAGUUAUUUGCAGCCCGAUGUGGUUCUUGCCCUGUCGGUAUGCGGCGAUAAAUUUGUAGUGGGCACCGCAAAACGAAAAGUUUGCAUUUGGGAUUUGAGAAACAUGGCGGGCAUGUUUCAGAGACGAGAAAGUAGUUUAAAGUACCAAACGCGCUGCAUCAAAGGUUUCCCUAACGAGCAGGGAUAUGUAUUAAGUAGCAUAGAGGGUCGAGUCGCCGUCGAGUACCUUGAUACAAUGCCAGAAGCUCAGAAGAAGAAGUAUGCAUUCAAGUGCCACAGAAUAAAGGAAAAUAAUGUUGAGCAUAUUUACCCAGUGAACGCUAUUAGCUUCCAUUCUGCGUACAAUACGUUUGCUACCGGUGGCUCGGACGGUUAUGUGAAUAUCUGGGACGGUUUUAACAAGAAACGACUCUGUCAGUUCCAUCGGUACAAUGCUGGCGUAGCUGCGCUUAGUUUUAGCCAUGACGGGUCCGUUCUUGCGAUAGGCGUUUCGUAUCUGAACGAAGCAGAGAUUCCGCCGGGUGGUAGUGACGAACGAGAAAUUUAUAUAAGAUACGUCAACGAUCAGGAGACCAAGCCGAAGUAAAUGUAAUAUCCACAUCUUGCCUCUCCAUUGGUGAGGUCGAUGUGGCAGGCAAUGUCGACGUGGCGUGCUUUCCGAUCGGCAGGACGGAUACCUGAAUACGUUCGAGAACCGCUUGACCACCCUCUCUGGGACGGGUUGCAUGCCCACUCAUCUCUGGCACACUCACUGCUGUUCCGUUACCGAUGGAUUCUCAUGCAGAUCGUCGUCUUCCUUUUCGUAUCACUGACGUACACGGACCGAUACAAGAUAACACUGUAAACAUAUCAUUUUAUGUAACUAAGAAAAAUUGCACAAGUUUUAAGAAUCUUUUGAUCUGAACUUUUGUAUCAAUACACUAAAAAAGCAUAAAAAUUAGGAAUUAAGAAAAGAAUUAGGAGAGAUACUAAGAAUUAGGAUAGAUAUCAGAAAUUCUCGCAAUUUCGUAACAAUUCUCUUAUUCUUGUAAAUCUCGUAUAAUAUUUUAUGAUUAGUUUCCUUAUCGACAAGUGCCCGAAAAAUCAAUUAUUUAUAUCAUUUAUAAGUUUCUGAUAUAAUCUGUAAUAGUUCUAUAAUAUCAUCUAAACAGUUAAUUAUCAUAUCAAACAGAAUUUUAAAAAAUAGAUAUUGAUAAAAAGAAUGUAAUUUAACGAUAAAAUAAUUAAACUGUGUUCUACCGAAGGAAGAUGGGAAUUUCACAACUCCGAAGACGAUUGAGAGCUUAAAUUUAAUAUCAUGUUUAUAGUUAGGUAAUACUGACGUCAAUGAGAUCAAAGUACAAACUAUAAGACUUGUACUCUACAAAUACGGAAAGCUCUAACAGAAAUAAAUUCGAAGAAAAUGAUUUAUGUGUGCAUAUCGACGAUAAUAUGCGUUGAAAACGUUGAAAUAUUUUUAUAUUUUAUUUCACAUGGAAAAUUUGUACGCUAAACGUUAAAUAUUUGUUAAAAUGUUUUAAAUGCACACAAUACAUAAAUGGAAACUAAUUUAUAUAACAAAUAAUAAUUAGAAUAGAAAAAAAACGAUAUUUGUGAUAAGAAUUAUCUUCGGUUGCGUUUUUGCAUUUUUUGCACAAGUAUUGUAGUUUCUCGCUACCAACCACAAAUGCCUGUCAAAGGCAUAAUAGCCAGGUUAAUAAAUUCUUGCGUGACAACUGCCGUAAAUAUUUCUGCUUAUGACAUACGCGUAUGCAAAUUAGAUAACUGUUUUCCCAAUCUACACACGGUGAACAGAAAUGUCUUUAAAGCAUCGUCUUAUUGAUUGCCACGUUAAGCAGAGUUCUACGAGAAUUUUAGCAGUGAAAGAUUGUCUUGACUAUUUUUCACAAAGAUAAGAUUAUCUGUGAUAAAAAAUUAAAAAAAAAACCAGAUAAGAUACAAAGGUUGCUGACAUAAAAAACUACCACUCCAUUCUCCGUUCCAUUCUGCUGACACCUUCAUUUUUAUCGAGAUGUAAAGCUCACUUUUAUAAAGAGAUUUAUUUCUACCAGUGAAAGAAAGUUUGUAUCGUCCAUCAAUUUUUUUAUAUAAAUAGAAAACUUUCUUUGGCUACAAAGCAGAAUUGGAAGUAAUAGCCGAGAUACUCAAUGUGCUUAUCUCAACAUUUUUUCUGAAAAUAAGUUAUUGAGUAUUGAACAAUACUAAUUUUCGCAGUUUUCACGGAUGCUGCCACCGCUGCUCUUCGACUGCUAGAAAUCUUAUCUCACUCUCGUGCACGCGUGCUUGUCACGCGUUACAGCACGAUAAUCAACAAGUACUGAGAAGAUAUACAAUAGCAGAUGGUUACAUUUGUGCACAGUCAUGAGACGAAUGUCACAUAUUGAGUUGAAUUGCUGCAUGUUUAACUUCGAAGAGAGGAGUAUCCUUUUGUUCAAAGGAAGCUUGAAAAGUUUAGGACAUCUGCACGAUAUGAAGAUCUGAAUAAAUAAUCUUCAUCAUUUAAGCUGACUAGGAUCUUGAAUUUUUAGAAUUCGUUGGUACUUACGAGAUUGCAUUCGGAACAAAUACUAUAAUUUCUCCGCUAUUUCAGGAUAAAUUUGAUGGAAUUUUAUAAUAUGAAAAUGAAGGAUUUUCCGAAUCAAAGAUUGAGCUUGGACAACUCCGUACGCUAUUUUCUUUUCAUUUUCUUUUCUCGGCAAUUUUGUUUAAUAAGCGACUUAUACAAAAAUACUCUGAAAAAGUUAAUUAUUACGAUAAUUAUUAGAUACUUAAUGCAGCUCACAAUUUUAGAUAUAUUUCGAGACUACAAGAGACGCAAAUCGAUGAAAAUCAAGUCCAAUUUACGGAAGUGACCUUAAUCCAUUGUAAAACGUGGCGCUAUGAAAAUGCGAAGAUAUUAUGUAACGCGCCAAUUAUCAGUCACUUGAAAAUUUGUUUGCGAACGAAGAUACGAAAUGAAACGGAUUAACUACGAUGCUAAAGCACGUGGGAAACAAAUUACAACGAAGACGCAUGCGAGAUAAUCAUAUAUCAUAAAGCUAUUAUCAUAUCAUAUCCCUGGUACAACAAACAUCUCAUCCAAGUGGGUAAUUAAUAAAUGCCACGAUUAUUUGUAA